AUGGAAGACACUUUCGACUAUGUUCCCUACAGGUUCCACAACUGGCUUACGGAGCCCAACAGAAUCAAUAUCGUUGCUGAGAAAGGAUCGAAAGUGGUGGGUUUCAUGGGAAUGAGUGUCGUUGACUGUGAAGAGUCAGUAGUUAUCGAAGGUGGAAGAGUUGUUCCUAAUCAUAGAAAUCGAAGAGUGAAGAAUGCAAUAAAAAAGCACAAGGUCAUUGAUAAAGAACUGCAUUACUACGAUUUUUUAACUUACAAAGUUGACCCAGAGCAAGUCAACUUUGAACACAAGUUAGAAAACUGCUCGAGCCUUCGACCCUACCCAAAGGAAGAGUUUCAGAAAAACGUUCUGAAAAACACUGGUACUCGCUCGCUACUUCCUAAUAACAUUCUGGUUAUUGACUGGCAACCGUUUGAAGCCAUCCUAUCCAACAUCGAGCACAUCUCACAAGACCGAGAUCAAUAUUUUGUCGACUCGCCAAGUGGUUGUCAGGGCCAAUUGAAUCCAUUGUCUUUCAGUCUGGGAAGAUGUGUGCUCCUGGUAUGCGGGAUGGUGAGGUCCUCGACGAUCUACGCUAAGGACUCGAAGCUUUGUCGGUCUCACGUGAUCCAUCAGUCAAAGAGUGCCUGUCAGACUGCACAAGGAAGCUUUUAUUUCAGCACCUAUCAAGAUCCUUCCCUCACCAAGUAUUGUAAAGAAGUCCUUCACUACAUUCCAGGUGUUACAAGGAUAAACGAUGAGGAGCCUACACAAACGAUGUUUAUCUUUGAGGGUAAAUUGGAAGCCAACACAAUCAAGUAA